AUAGUGAAGACUACGAUGUAAUCAUCAGGGCUGGAGAAUAUGUUGUUAAGGAACUUCAAACGCAUUUAUUUGUUCUUCAUGCUAGGUGUUCAUACUUUAAACGGACAUUGUCCAAAAAUUGGGAGAAAAAAGACGAAGAAGUUCAGAACCUAGAAUUCUCUUUACAUCUCAAAAAUUUCCAUCUUUGGAAAAACCAAUUAUUACCAUGGUGGCUUUUUGUUCAUUACCUAAAAAUCGGUAAAGAUGAUUCUGAAUGGUCAUCAGAAGAUUACGCAAAUAUUAAACAGACCAUGCAAGAAUACAUUCCGUUAAUCAGAUUUUAUGAUAUUUCCAAGGAAGACGUUUACUUAAAAGUUUAUCCAUAUAAAGACUUCUUAUCUCAGGAUUUGCUCAGUGAUAUCCUUCGUCGUCAUAUGGUCUCAGAUUCUACUCCUGCGUUAAGUCGUGUUUUUCAAAAUCAUAAAGAUGCAGUAUUUUAUCACAGUAUUUAUGGGCCAACUUUUGGUGGUGGAUAUGAUUUGUCUACACAAGGAGGAUGUAGUUGGAAUGUUAGUAAUCGUGGACACGCUUAUAUUGGUAUUAACAUUCCAAGCAGCUUCACCAUUGACGAAUAUGAAAUAUUUCAGGUUGUAUUGAAGAGUUAA